GCAAAACGAUGAGGAGAGGGGGAGACAGGCGUCUCCGCCAUUUUUGUCACUGUUCACUGUCGCCGGGACUAUUGCCGCCGCGGAAUAGUGGUCAGUUCUUGAGUGAUUUUCUGAGUCCGAAUCUUCAAAAGGGCUUUUUCAAAAACAAUUGAAGAAAUGGCGAUGGCUGCAACUCAGGUUAAGGGAAGUGGUUGGCCGAGGCGAGCAAGCAACAGUUCGUUCGAGGGAAAAGUAAUACAGAAUCAAUCGGUCACAAUCAACAGGACAGUCAAUUUAUAUCCUUUGACAAACUAUACCUUCGGAACGAAAGAGCCGCUCUUUGAGAAAGAUCCCUCGGUGCCAGCUAGAUUUCAAAGGAUGAGGGACGAAUUUGACAAAAUUGGCAUGCGCCGCAGCGUCGAGGGAGUUUUACUCGUCCAUGAACAUGGGUUGCCUCAUGUUUUGCUUCUUCAGUUGGGAACAACAUUUUUCAAACUACCAGGAGGAGAACUGAACGCCGGCGAAGACGAGGUAGAGGGCCUAAAACGGCUCCUUACUGAGACACUCGGAAGACAAGAUGGGGUCAAACAAGAAUGGGUGAUCGAGGAUACGAUUGGAAAUUGGUGGAGACCCAAUUUUGAACCACCCCAGUAUCCUUACGUCCCACCACACAUCACUAAACCUAAGGAACACAAAAGAUUGUUUCUUGUACAACUUCAGGAAAAAGCACUGUUUGCUGUUCCAAAAAACUACAAAUUGGUAGCUGCGCCGCUCUUCGAGCUCUAUGACAAUUCACAAGGAUACGGUCCAAUUAUUUCCUCCUUGCCGCAGUCCUUAUGCAGAUUCAACUUUAUUUACAUGUGAGGCAGCUGCUUAAAUAUCGAGGAAACUGAAACGAAUUUUACUUGAGUCAACUGAAGAGACGAAAUACUGGAAUAAAAAAAAAACGAUAAUACCAAUAUAACAAAAUGAGAGAAAACCAAUUAUUGUGUAUUACAGAAUAUUAUAACUGUAUGUGUGUAUGCGUGUGUGUUCCGUGAUGAAUGAAUGCUCAAAAGAAUUUCGAUUCUCUGUAUAUUACAAUGUGCAAACAGGCAUGAAAAACAUUUUUCUAAGUAA